UUUUUUUUUUUUUUUUUUUUUUUAAAUUUCAGAGCAACCAACCACCUAGUUAUAUAUAAAACAUGUCGACGUACGCGGUACCCCGCAAGCUAUGGGAGCAUCCCGAUCCCGAGUCGACGAAUCUCAGCCAGUUUCGACGGCGGCUGGAGCGCAAGACGGGGUUGAAGUUUCCGACAUUUCUCUCCCUCCACGACUACUCAGUCAACAACCGCGCCGCAUUCUGGGAAUUCUGUUGGCAUGACCUCAACCCCAUCCACUCUGGCACCUACACAAGGGUAGUUGAUGAGGCCGCACGCAUGGACAGCAUCCCAGAAUGGUUCGCCGGCACUUACAUGAACUUCGCGGAGAAUAUGCUCUUCACCUCCUCCGGAUCGUCGGGAGUGUCUAUAGUUGGCAAGGAAGAUGCGAAGUGUGCCGUGACUGAGGUUCGAGAAGGUGGGGCGGAGGGUACACGGAAUAUCACGUUUGGUGAACUCAGGAGCAGGGUUGGCAAGCUGUCGCAGGCUAUGAAGACGGCGGGUGUGAAAAAGGGCGAUCGCGUAGCUGUUGUUGCGAGCAAUAGUAUCGAUACUCUUGUUGUGUUUUUGGCCGUGACGGCGCUGGGAGGGUUGUUUUCGUCCAGCUCGACUGAUAUGGGUGCCAAGGGGAUUCUGGAUCGCUUGCUGCAGAUCAAGCCCCAAUGGCUGUUCAUGGAUGAUUGGACAGUAUACAAUGGGAACACCAUCGAUUUGAGGCCGAAGAUGAAAGACAUCGUUCGAGGGAUGGGGGGUGUGGAGGAGUUUCAAGGAGUUGUAUCGCAACCUCGAUUCCAAGAUCGUCCUGCCGAUGUGAGCAUGGUUCCCAGAACGCAAACUUUGGUGGCAUUCUUGUCAAAGGUGAAGUCCAAUAAGUUGGAAUUUGUGAGAGUUAAGUUUUCGGAUCCGUUCUUGGUCGUUUAUUCUUCAGGAACGACUGGAACACCAAAAUGUAUUGUGCAUUCGGUUGGAGGCGUUGUCUUGAGUGGCCUGAAAGAGGGAAAACUGCACCGAGAAAUGAACUCGAAUUCGGUGGCUCUGCAAUACACCACAACAGGAUGGAUAAUGUAUCUCAGUGCGUUGCAGCCAUUGAUGUACGGGUGCAGAGUCGUCUUGUACGACGGCAGCCCCUUCUUACCUGAUGUCACCUCGUUCAUUAAAUUGGCUGGAGAGCAGAAGGUAACCCACCUGGGCACCUCCCCACGCUAUCUGUACGAACUGCAAAAGAACGGUAUUCAACCUCGAGAGAUCACUGAUCUUAGCAAUCUGGAGGUAAUGACAAGCACUGGGAUGGUGCUUUCGGAUGCCCUGUUUGAGUGGUUCUAUGACAAAGGAUUCCCGGCUAAAGUGCAUCUCUCAAAUAUUUCUGGCGGUACGGAUAUUGCGGGCACAUUUGGAACCUCAAACAGUCUGACACCGUUGUACGUGGGUGGCUGUCAGGGGCCGAGUCUUGGGACCCCUAUUGCUGUGUAUGAUCAGACUGUGGAAGGUGGAAAAGGCGUUAAAGGGAUUCCACUGGAGGAGGGAGUUCCAGGUGAAUUAGUUGCGACAGCAGCGUUUCCCAACAUGCCUGUCAUGUUUUGGGGAGAGAACGGUGCAGAGCGCUAUUUUGAUGCAUACUUUGCUCGAUUUGACGAUGUCUGGACCCACGGCGAUUUCAUCAUGAUCAAUCCCACCACCAAGCAAAUCUUUUUCCUGGGACGUGCGGAUGGCGUUCUUAAUCCCUCAGGCGUGCGGUUCGGAUCAUCCGAAAUAUACGGCAUUCUCGAGAACAAAUUCGCCAAUGAGAUCUCCGACUCCAUCUGCGUCGGGCAGCGUCGACCGCGGGAUUCAGACGAAACUGUCAUGCUAUUCCUGCUCAUGCGUCCUGGCGUUCCCUUUACCAAGAAGCUCGUAGAGGACGUUAAAGCCGCCAUCAGAAGCGGAUUAAGUCCCCGACAUGUGCCCAAAUAUGUGUUUGAGACUCCAGAGAUCCCAACGACGGUCAACUUGAAGAAGGUCGAACUGCCAGUCAAGCAAAUUGUGUCUGGGAAAGUAAUCAAGCCAUCGGGUACAUUAGCCAACCCCGAGAGCCUCAACUUCUACUACCAAUUCGCAGAGGUAGAGAAGUUAGUUGCUCCAUCAAGUAAGCUAUAAAUGUGGCAGCAAUGCAAAAAAGCAGAUUUUAGAUAGAAAUAUAGAUAGUUUGUCGCUAGGCGCUGUGCAUCUCGGGAAGAAGUAACAAAAGACAAAUAUAGAAAAAAAAACACAAUAAGUAGUUAUCUUUUACCCUUCUUCUUUUCCUUUUCCUGGGAAGCACCUCCUUCAGACUUCGUAAAGCCAGCUUUUAGUAGGGCAUCUCGCGCGGCUGUGUUGAUGAUUCGGAA